AAUAAUAAUAGUAAUAAUAAUAGUAAUAAUAAUAAUAAUAACAUUUAUUUGUAGCGCCUUUCAGGACUCUCAAGGUCGCUUUACAGAAAUUGCAUAAUACAGAUAAAACAGUCCUCAGCAAGUUAAAAUUUCAAAUUACUCAAUCAAUUAAACAAAUACAAGUUAAAAGUGAAAACCCGUAAGUGCUAAAAUACUAGACUAAAGGUCAAAAAUAAAAAUAUAAACAAAUACAUCAAGUAAUCAGUCAAUAUAAUGUUAUCAUAAAGAUAUAUGUUACCCAUUAAAAUCCUCAUAGUAUAGCUGAAUUACAUACACAAUCAACUAAAAUCAAACUAGGCAUUCAGAAAGGCCUGUCUAAACAAAUGAGUUUUCAGUAAUGAUUUGAAAUGAGUGAUAGACCUGGCCAUACGGAUGUCUAAGGGUGUUGCAAGCUCCCGCGUGCUGCAACGAACGGAUAUCGCGAUGGAGGAAGAUGUGAGCGGAGGGCUGCUGAUGCGAGUGAAAUCGAGGCAGGAGAAUAUAAGAAGCGGACCAAAAACGAACAUCAAGAGGAUAUGAAAAGAUAUGAAAGCUUCUGUGGGGAAGUAAAAACUUUUUAAUGAAUCUGAGACCAUCUUGCUAAAGUGUAACGAUCUGUCACACUGAGCAGGAGGUUUGGACCCAAAAACGCAGAACACACGACACAGAAGCAGAUGUAAAUAAGUAAAUCCUUUAUUUAAAGGAGGAGGCUUGAUCCAGCAGUCCAAAAACAAAACAGAAGCUCACAACUGAGCACCGACUCGGGCAAAACUCUGGAGGGAACAGAACAACGUAGACACAACUAUGGACCGACAAACACUGAAGGACAAGACAGGGUUUUUAAACACAGAGGGAGGUGAUCAGGGGAACAGGUGACAGGUGGGAGUAGUGAGAGCUGGAGGGAAGGCAGGUGCUUACAGUAACCUAAAUGAGGGGAAAGAAACAAGCAGGAUGGCAGAUAAACCUUAACCUAUAAAACACGGAUAAGACUAAACCUAAAGACUGGGCAAAAAUAAACCACUAAUAACUAGAUGGAUGAGGAGGACUAAAAUAAGAUUGACUAGGAAUUAUCAGGGAGUGAUUAGGAGGACACCUGAGGGAAGUCUAGAGAGGGCUAGGGAUAAUGAAGGGACACAAGAGGAGAACCUGGAGUGAGAACAGGAGUAGGCUGGGGACAGAGGGACACAGAACUUGACAUGAUCACAUUGUUUUGCUAUUUGUGAUUUGCUGAUAUAUGCAAAAUGCUUCACGAUGCAAAAUUGAUUCAACUUGUAAAAUGCUUGCAAUGCAAACUGCUCCGCAAAUGGAAAAUGCUUUGCUUUGCAGAUAAGGGUAUAUAUAUAAGAGCGAUUGAAAAAGGGGAGAGGGUGGCUCAAGUAGAUUAAUUGAUAAAUCCACGUUAGACUGAUCACCUAACGGGAAUAAUUUUCUAGUUACCACCGCCCACACAUGCUGACAGAGGCACAAAUUAAUCCUGAUAGGACCCAAAUAAUAGUUAGCUGUGUUGGCCUCCGGUAACCCUUCGCCCUAGUACUCAGAACAACUGAGUAACGGGAACCUACAAGGGAGGGUGUGUUGACUCUGGACCAAGUAGGGUUACGUAAUAUUCUCCAUUUCACCUUAAAAUAGAAAACGAGUCCUACAAAAAAGGAGUCCAAGCCAGGGUCUGUACAAUAAAACUCACAGUGGUCUCAACCACCCUGAAAAAGCAAUGUAUUCUACGGACCACAAGAGUGGGCGCUCGCUACAAGGGGAUGCUAUUCCAUAACCGCGGAGCCUGUGAGCCGAAAGACCUAAGGCUCAUCGAGGAUAGACGGAUUUGAGGUGUAACAAGUAAAUUAUGGGAAGUUGAACGAAGUGACCGUGAUGGUGUGUAAAAAUUCAAUAGGUCACGUAAAUAACUAGGAGCCAUGUCAUUUAAAGUUUUGAAUGUCAGGAGUGAUAUUUUUAAAUCAAUGCGGUAGCAUACUGGGAGCCAAUGAAGCUCCUCAGGAAUCUGAGUAAUAUGUUGAGAAAAAAGUGUCCGGGUAAUUUUACGCGUUGCUGCAUUCUGCACUAACUGAAGUUUGUGAAGAAGUUUCUGAGGUAAGCCCGUGAGUAAGGCAUGACAGUAAUCCAAACUUGAUAAAACCAGGGCAUUUACAAGAAUCUUACUGUCAUUUACUGUCAAGGAAGAACGUAAUUGAUUGAUGUUGCGCAGGUGAAAAAACGCAGACUUAACCAAUCCAUUUACAUGGGUAUUGAAGGAGUGAGUGUUAUCCAAAGUAACACCCAAACUUUUAACAUGGGCAGAUGAUAAAAUGAGAGUAUUAUCGAUAUUGAGUGAGAAAUUCAGAGAUCCGGCAAGAUGUGAUUUGGUUCAGACUGUGAGAAGUUCCGUUUUAUUACCAUUCAGUUUCAAGAGAUUAUGAGCAAACCAAGUCUGUAUUUCACUUAAGCAGUUUGUUAUAGCCAUAAUAGAUAAUGACUGAACAGAUGAAGAAGAGAUGUAUAAUUGCGUAUCAUCUGCAUAACAGUGGAAGUUCACAUUGUACUUCCUAAAGAUGUUUCCUAGUGGAAGAAUAUAGAUGAAAAAUAAAAUUGGACCCAGAACUGAACCUUGUUGAACCCCACAUGAUACAGGCAUGAGGUGAGAUUUAUAUGACAUAACCUGAACAAAAUGCGAGCAGUCAGAUAGGUACGAUUUGAACCAUGAGAGUGCUGUCCCACAUACCCCAAUGGUGGAUAGGCGCUUUAGAAGAGUUUUAUGCGAUAUUGUGUCAAACACCGACGUCAAGUCUAAGAGCAGUAGUUUGUUAACUAGACCAGAAUCAGAUGCCAUCAAAAGGUCAUGAGUGAUUUUAAUUAGAGCAGUUUCUGUACUGUGGUUUUUUCGGAACCCAGACUGUAGUUGUUCAUACAGUUGAUUUCCACUAAGGUGGUCUUGAAGUGGAGUAGCCACCAAUUUUUCCAACACUUUAGAGAGAAAUGGCAGAUUUGAAAUAGGUCUGUAAUUAUUAAAAUCAGUUAUAGACAGAUUUGGUUUUUUGAGAGUAGGUAAAAUUAUCACAGUUUUAAAUUUUAGUAGAACCACUCCCAUGUUAGGUGAUGCAUUAAUAAUAUUAACAACAAGAGGUAGUAACGAUGGAAGUGCCAAUUUAACUAGUGUCGUAGGAUCUAAACUGCACAUUGAGCUCUUUGAAUGCAAGAUAAUUUCAGAAAUUUGGCAUAACUCGGUAGACCGAAAUCAGAUAAUACAGACUGUACCGUGGGUAAAAUAGAACUACAGAGUUGGCAAUGAAUAUCUGUGCAUUGAGUAAGUUGGGAGUGAAUAUUACUAAUCUUGGAAUUGAGAAAAUCCAUAUAUUGACCACAGGUGUCAUUUGUAUCGAAAUGAUAGUUAAUGGUAUUUUGAGGCUUAAUCAAUCUAUUUAAAGCACUAAAUAGUGCUCUUGAAUUACCAUUAGCAAGGCUAAAUUGAUAAUUAUGGUAAGCAGAUUUAGCUUUAGCUAUUUCCUCCAUAUACUUGAGCGAUUGGAGAUGGUAGAGAUUUUUCUGACUAUGCAGUUGUGUUUUCCUAUAUAGUCUCUCCAGUCGAUGGCCUUCGUGUUUUAAUUGGUGCAGGUUAGCUGUGCACCAUGGAGCAGAUUUAGAAAAAGAAACAUUACGUGUUUUCAAAGGAGCCAGGUCAUCAAAAAAAUUCUGUAAUUUAUCAUCAUAAAGGUUUAGUAAGACGUCAGAAGGUGCUGAGCAAUCUCCACUAGACAGGUUUGUGAUAGCAGAGGAAAGAGCAUUGAGAUCAAUAGUUUUAACAUUUCAAAAAGAAAUGGAGCUGGGGAUAAUUUUUUUCAAUAAUGGUAAAUUAAUUUUAAAAGAAACAAGCUUAUGGUCCGAUAAGGGGUAAUCAGAUGCCAUAAUAUCCAAAGGGGUAACACCAGUACAGCAAACCAGAUCUAAGGUAUGCCCCCUAGAAUGGGUGGGAGCUUUUACAAACUGCCGGAAACCAUGGUUGUUCAGGCAGUGUUAAGCAUUUUGCAUUAGAGUCUAAGGCGUUAUUAACAUGAAUGUUGAAGUCACCUAACAAAACCACAUUCUGGGAAAGUGAACAUAAAAAAGCUAUAAAUUCAGAUAGUUCAUUAAAAAAUUCUGAAUCGAACUUUGGUGGACGGUAGAUAACAGCCAAAAUUGUCGGAAUAGAUCCAUUAAUUUGUAAGGCAGUUGAUUUGAAAGUCCGGUAUAAAAAGGCUUGUACAGGAGAGACCUUAAAUUUAUCUUUGUAGAUAAAAGCAAGGCCACCACCACGUCCAACCGGCCGAGCAAGGCUAGAAUAAACAAACCUGGUUGGAGUUGAGUUAUUUAGUUCUGUGAAGUCACCUGGUUUUUGCCACGUCUCAACCAGGCAGAGAAAAUCUAGAUUACAGUUGUGAAUGAGUUCAGAUACUAAGUGGCCCUUGCUAGACAGGGAUCGAACAUUCAACAGACCCAUUUUCACACAACAGACACCAGUUCUAAUUGGAUCGUGGUUUGACAAUCCUCUUAGCACAACAUGGUUAUUUGAACGAGUACCUUUUUUUCAGGAGAAGGAACGGUGAGAACACCAGUAAGAUGGAAUUGUCCUGAAAAGUUUACCAGCUAGCAAUGAAGGUGGAGGCCCAGCUAGUGGUGGAGAUAGAAGCCCAACCGGUAACGAAGAUAAAAUGAGCUCUCAGACAACAAAAGUGGUGCUGUCAUUAAAUGCUACUGAAGUCAGCUUGCUCAAAGAGGGACUCAAUUUCAAGAAAAACCCAGAGGAUGGAUUUUGUUACAUCAUAUUCAAGAGCAAAGAUGGCCUCAAAGCAUGCAAGAAUCAGUGCAAACACCAAGGAGGAUUAUUCAUAAAAGACAUUGAAGACCUGGAUGGCAGGACUGUUAAAUGCACCAAACAUAACUGGAAGCUUAAUGUGUCAACAAUGAAGUAUGUGAACCCGCCAGACAGCUUCCUCCAGGAUCAACUUGACGUAGAAGUCCUGGAUGAUGGGGCCCUUCAGCUGCUGGAGCUGAGUCCAGUUCACCCCUGGCUGACCGACCCCAGAGAGACCCUGGAGCUUCAGGAAGGAGAAGUGAAAGUAACGUACCUCACUCAUGCCUGCAUGGAGCUGCAGCUGGGACAGAAGAGGUUCAUGUUUGACCCCUGGCUGAAGGGUCCUGCAUUCGCCCGAGGCUGGUGGCUUCUGCAUGAACCUCCAGACGAUGCUUUGGACAGACUCUGUGCAGCUGAUCUCAUCUACAUCAGCCACAUGCACUCUGAUCACCUCAGUUAUCCGACUCUGAAAGUCUUGUCAGAGAGACGGCCAGAUGCCCCCAUUUACGUUGGCGGAUUAUCCAGACCAGUCUUCUGGUAUCUGGAGCAAAGCCAGGUCAAGCUUACCAACAUCAACGUCACUCCCUUUGGUGUUUGGCUAAAUAUUGAUGAACAUUUGAGAUUUAUGAUUCUGAUGGAUGGUGUACAUCCUGAAAUGGACACAUGCAUCAUUGUUGACUAUAAAGGUCAUCUCAUCCUGAACACCGUGGACUGCACCAGGCCAAAUGGAGGCCGACUACCACAAAAUGUGGACUUGAUGAUGAGUGAUUUUGCUGGGGGGGCAUCUGGUUUCCCCAUGACCUUUUAUGGGGGGAAAUAUACUGAUUCCUGGAAGACAGAUUUCAUCAAAACUGAAAGGAGAAAAUUACUAAAUUACAAAGCUGAGUUGGUCAGAUCCCUACAGCCAAGAAUCUACUGCCCAUUUGCUGGUUAUUUUGUAGAAGCCCACCCAUCAGACAAGUACAUCAAAGAUACUAAUGUUAAAAAUACAGCAGAGGACCUCAAUGCACUCAUCAAUAAACUUGCACCAGACAUCAAGACAUGGACGCCCAAACCUGGUGCUGUGCUGGACCUUGGCCUUGCUCUGAAAGAUUCCUCUAACAGCGAAGCCAUCUCUAACCCCCCGACCAAUGCAAAAGUCUACAAGGACAGCUGGGAGUUUGACCUGUACGUGGAGGAGAUCAACAGCGCCAUCAGCUGUGAGAUAUUUAAACAUCAGAGCUGGAUCCAGUUUUAUUAUACCUGGGCAGGCUUUAAAAACUACAACCUUGUAGUGCGGAUCAUUGAAUCAGAUGACCACUUUGAACCACUCAGAGAUGGCUAUGACUAUCUGGUGGACUUUUUGGAUCUGUCGUUCCCCACCGCACGGCCUGACAGAGAGCAUUUCUACAUUGAGAUUAAAAACAGAGUAGGGGUGAUGAGGUAUGUGGUGCUGCACGGCUGCCUCUGGGAUGACCUGUACAUCGGCUUUCAGAACCGCAUCAGCCGAGAUCCAGAUGUCUACCAUCACAAGUUCUGGAACCACUUCCAGACACAGCUACCACUUCACUGUCCAGACUGGGACCAGUUUCUGCAGCAGGUGGAGCCCAUCCAGGGGAAAAAUGACACACAUGAUGAAGAGGGGAUACUAAGCAACUGUGUACUGUCUUAGAGUUGCAAGUUUAGGCUUAUGAAGGCUAACUUACCUGUUUCCAGUUUUGUUUUUUGUACACAAACCAGUUUAGUUUUCAUUCACUCCAGACUUGUUUCAAAAUCUUAUGGUAUCAUGGAUAAUGGGUAAAAAAUGAUAUUAACAUUACUGAAUUAAUGUUUUGACUGUUAGACAUCUGGUGUCUGUUUAAACGUAGCUCCAUCCAUUUAUUUUACUCUGCUAACAGACAGGCUUUUGCGGGUCCUACAGAGAGGAGGUUUUGGGAGAUUUGACCUUGCCUUGGUACCGGUCCUGGUGCAGGUCCUCUUAUCAGUAAAACUCCCUUGAGAAAGUCCACACUGCUUUGUUGAUUUAGAAAUGCACCUGGUGUGUCUUUUAUGGCGUCCUGCCUGAGAGUCUAAAAUGUGUGUGCGUAAUCUUUUGUGUGUGUGCUUAAUAAAAGCUUGUAGCGUCACGAAGGUCCUCUAAUUUGUGACAAAGGUCACAUUUUCCCAGCUGGGUCGACUGUAACUUUGCUCCGUAGAUUAAACAAGCGAGGAGCUAUGAUGGCUGCUGAAUAUCAUCCUUAUCUGCUGCUGUUCCGUCCCAGAAUGAAGGACACUUCAAGAUCACAAUAAUAAUUAUUUAAUAACAAUUUUAAUAAACUCUUUGACUUUAUUACUGUUUAUAAUCAUCAUAAUUAAUAUCUUGGUUCAGUAUAAAUGUAUUUUAUUUACUGAAAUGAAUUAUUAUGCUUUGGGUAUAAUAAUGAUUAUUGUGAUAAUCAGUAAUGUGUGUUCAGUAAACCAGAAGGUCAUUUGCACGUAACCAGCCUCACACAGAGGGUACCGCAGGGUAAAAGUAAUCUGCCAUCACAUGUCUUUGACUCAUGACCAAAGCUUUCUUGCUCUGAGUGGGCGUGUUCUGAGGGGUUUGUUAAAACUAAAUUUCCAGCAGCAAAACUUCAGUUCGUGAACCAACCACCAUCCUGAGGAUAAGGGAACGGCCGCCCUGAACCUCGACAUGCUGUUCUGUCACGCUGAUAGAAUAGCUUUGAAUAAACGCACGAUAACCAGCUGACGUAAAACUCCUUCAGAGUUACUGAUUUUGAGUUAAGUAAGACGCAAACUCCUUCAGAGUUAAGCCAAACGCUCAACACUGUGUACCCUGCGACAUCUCUGGACCAGAGGAUCAUUUAUACUCGCGUCUUCUCUACUGGACUGAGUACCCUGAGGCUGACAACAUCUUCCUGGACCUCCGGAUCCACACAGAGGGUCGUCUUGCUGGGUGAGGUGGCACACAGAUUGUGUUUGAUGCUGUUUCUCUAAGUAACAACUGAGUUAGCUGCAAAACAAGCAUUCACCCAGAACGAGUUCCUCUCUCUGACAGAAACCUUCUGAGAAUCCAUUCACGCAUCCAAACUCUCAUUUCAUUUUAGCUUUCCAUCCAGACACAGGUAAAGCUUUUGUUACCAAGUUUAAUAUCAAAGCUGGUAAAUUGUCAUCCAUGGAUUGUCAUAUUUAAUCGUCAUUUAAAUUGUCAGUUCUGAAUUGUCGUUCCAAAUUGUCAAGUUUAAAAUUGUUAGUAAUAAAUUCUUAACUUUAAAAACUUGACUCUCAUUUUUGAAAUGAAACACAGAAAGGUAUAAAUAUUUCUGGUUAUUG